AUGGGAUUAACCAUAUACAGUCAAUAUGAAUUUGACAUCAACAAUAACAUUAUAAGCCAGAAGCUUGAUAUUUGCAAAUACAACAGAGUAAAUAACACAGAUGAAGAUAAAAUAACAAAUAUCAUGAAGGAUAGGAAAAUUAAAAAAUGUGUAAAGGGGAACAGGAACGUCAAACUACACUUGAUUCUGAUCAAAAAAUAUAACUCAUACCUUAACAAUAAAUUGAAGACCUCUAGAGAUCUCGAUACCAAACAACCUUCCAAUACUGUUAUUCGUGGCAAAAAUAAUUCAGUUAGUGCCACUGAACUUGGUAACAAAGUAAUAAAUGGCGAUGUUAUUAAAGGGAAUGAUGCAAAUAAAUAUGCGGAUGAUAUAAUGAAAACCAUACAAACUAAAGGGGUGUGUAAAUUCGAUGAAUUAUUUCCAAAGAGUAGGGGCAAGUUAGUUACUUCCCAGUACUUCCUAAGUCUGUUAGUUUUGCUAAGUGACAAUAAACUACAAAUGACUGUAAUAAACAACGAAUUUAAACUCUCUAUUGCAUCCUAG